AAUUAUUUGGGCUCCUUAAAGUACUGCGAACUGGCUACCACAAACUUGCAAUCGCCCCGUUGCACUUGACGAGCUUGCAGCCGGGCUUCAGAGGGGCUUGGCGGACUGUAUUGGCGGGACGAAUGGGGGUAUCACCACAAACGUAGGCUCAGAGCAACAGUACCUAUUUGCGCUGAACCGCCCCCGCGCGGCGCCCCACUGUUGUCAUGUCGUCUUCAGCGCAAACUGGAGGAGGCGAGGCUGCACCGCUGCCAGACGCCAUUGGGAGACCUGUUCUGGCGGAGUAUGCUCAGGAGCUUCGAUUGAAGGUUCAGCAACUUCUGAAAUAUCGGAAUAACACGUUCCCGGGCGCUCAGCCGGUAGCACUCACGACGAAGAACAUCCAGGCGCUCGAGCGCGAAGAUUACUUUGUUUGUGAGAAGAGCGAUGGGGUUCGAUAUCUUAUGCUCCUGAUGCAGACGCAAAUAGGCCCGGCAACGUUUAUGAUCGACCGAAAGAACGAACUACACUAUAUCGAAAACAUGCGUUUUCCAUUGCCUGGAAGGCAUGACGCCAUCGAAUGGCAUAAUGAAACGCUUCUAGAUGGAGAGUUAGUCGUUGAUGUAGACGGUGCUAAGCGCACCCUUACGUAUCUGGUGUUUGACCUGAUGACGAGCAAUGGGGAGCCAUUCACCCAUGAACCAUAUAGCAAGAGGCUAGGCUUUUUCCAACGAGAUGUGCUGGCGCCGUACGACCAGCACAUAAGGAGGGACCCGGGGCUGAAAGAUUCGCAACCUUUCAGAAUCGCAAUAAAGACCCAGCAACGGUCUUAUGGGAUGACCUUGAUCUUCGAUGAGAUUGGCCGACAAAAGCAUGGCAAUGACGGUCUGAUUUUCACGCCUGUCAACCUACCCUACCAGUCAGGAACAUGUCCGAAACUUUUGAAAUGGAAACCCCCGGAUCUUUUGACGGUGGACUUCCAAAUCAAGAUCAGAUAUGAUAAGAACAGGAAGCCGCAUUACGUGCUCAACAUCGGCAGAAACGGCAGACAUGAGUUCAACGAUCACUUAACGGUGGAGCCUGCGUUAGCCAAUGAGUGGAAAGCGGCCCCGCCCGAUGAGCGUAUUGCGGAGUUCAAAUGGGAUCCCGAAUGGACAACGUACAUUUGGGAGGAAGGCUAUGCGGAUCGAGAGCGCAUCGGAGGUUGGCGUUUCAUGCGCUUCCGCGAUGAUAAGACCAUGGCCAACGAUAUUAGCGUAUUGAAUGACACGAUGUUUGCCAUCGAAAACGGGCUCACCAGAGAAGCGUUAUUGUCACAAAUAGAAACCAUUCGGUCACAUUGGAAAUCCCGGGAAGCGCAAGGUGUCCUCCCACCCCGCCCGCCAAACGAACGGAAGCCGUCAACGUACGUCAUGCCAUCCAUGCCAACAUCACGGCAUUCAUUUAGUAGGGACGGCGCAACUGAUCAUCAAAGACGACCUUCUUCCGCUACAAACCUGGAAAUAUCGCCGGAGCAGCAGCGGCGGCUCUCAUCCGGAAGCAUUGUGUCCGAUUUGAGUCCGGGGGUCCGGAGAGAGUGGCAGGAAUCGAGAGGGAUGUCCCCUCAGCUCGCUCAGAGCCCUACAUCGAUUGCGAGAUACGACCGCAGGGCGUCUAAUGACAUGCCGAAUCCGAACCAAUGCAGCGCUUUGUCGACGAGCCCGGGAUCGCGCACGUCUUUCCAUACGCAUCCUGAAGAUGUGGGAAGGGAUAGGGACGCCAACGCCUCAGCUGAUAACAACUUAGGCGAGAUGUCUCCGACUGUUGCCAAAAGGCUUUUCGAUGUGGAGCGGAAGCCGGAGGAGCGUGGCACGGUGAAUUCGGAAGACAGUAAAGGAUCGGUGCCCUCAGGGAUAGGAGAUGGAAAAGGCGAGGAAGCUGGGUGCGCGGCAAAGAUGGACGUGGACGCACCCACAAGCUCGGUGGAGACUGACGCGUCUGCAGCGCCUCGGAAAAAGUCUUUCACUGAGUUGGUUGCUGGUCAGAUGCCGAAAGGGAUUCGCCUAAAGAGAGCGGCGGUUCCGGUAGCCCCGGAGUCGGAAAAAUUGACUUCACCAACGGCACUGGUCACUCCUGAAUCAGGGCGAGAGACCGAUGGAAGUCGGCCGCACGCUGAGUCGAAAACGGACGUACCUCCCAAGCCUGUUGAAACUCCUCCAGGCGCCAAGGAACCCGCAGCAGACAUGAUGGAAAUAGAUCAGCCCGAGAUCGGCAAACCCGUUCUGUCGCAAGACAGAGGCCUGAGAAGAAACUCGGAGCUUUCAAGCCCGGAGAAAGGAGAUUCGAAGAGACGGCCGUCAAAACCGGACCUUCCCCGUCCUUCCUCGCCGGUGAAGCCAACGAAAGUCGAUCUUCCCCAACCCACCUCCCCAGUGAAGCCCACCAACAUUGCAACAUCGAUACCAGAGGUCGCUGACAAAUCACCACCAAUACUGGAAGCCAAGAAGGCCGGUGACUCCGUCUCACACUUGCGGAAGAACAGUCAACCGAAGCUGGCAAAGGAAGCUCAGAAAGUGGCCUCGGAUGCCAUGGAAAUCGAUCCUCCGCCAUCGAAGUCACUAUCGCUCCCAGAAGUACGACCGGGGACGGUGCCUGAACAUCAGCCCAGCGGCUCAGGGCCCCAACCACAGACAAAAAAGUCCAGUGUGGGUUCGGAGCCCGCGAAAUUGGAGCGACCAUGGCUGGAGAUUGGCGAACGACCUGGCAGCGCAUCUGCAGCGAAAGCUCAUGCCCGCAAAAGCAUGGAUAACGUAACUGCCAUGGAUAUGAAUAUCGCGCGAGACUCCGGGAAGUUGAAAUUGACGGAAUCGCCUGGCAGUCAACCCAACGAGAAGCCAACCAGGCGGAAGUCGACAAAGGUCGAGGAGCUUGUGUCAGUGAAAGUGAAGUCCAAGCUGAAGGACGGGAAUCGUUCAUCCCCGCCUCGUAAUAGCAAGCGGGAUGAGAAGGGUCUUCGGAUAUCACCACCAACCACGAUUGGCAAAAGCAGAGUUCCGGUCACCAAGACGCCGGGUUUGGCUGGAAGUCACGAGCUGAUGACGACGAUAUCUAUGACGAGACAGAAUCGCCAGUCGCGCGACCUGUCCUUGCUCCUCCGCUGCAGCCUUUGGGGAUUAUAGAUCCCACAACAAGCUCGUCUCUCCCUCCCCCCGCAUCCGUCGCACCGGACGCAGUACCUGUGCACACGGUCGAAGUAAAGCCAAAAAAGAUCACGGCGGCUGCGC